AAGAACAAAGAGCGCGCCCAAAACAUAUGUCGAUCGCGUCUGAAGAGUGCUCACGUGGACGCGAAGGCCACAGCAUUCUUCUUUCCCAGUGACCACCACCUAGGUUCAGAGUACAAGAACGAGGUGCAAUUAUAUUCAUCGUAUUCAUCAUGUUGAAAGCUGAAGUUAUUUAGUGUCAACAAUGCAGGUUAGCAUGCGACGCAGUGAGGUCGAAGAAGAGAUCUUCCGUCACAGAGAGAUCGUUCGACAGGAACUGCAUGCUAUAGCGGCGAAGACUCGUCUUCUCAAUAACCUCCUUCCUGUAUCGAAGCUUCUUCCAGAAUUGCUGGCGGAUAUCUUCAUGUACUUCGCCGCAGAUUAUUCCGCAUACGCUUCGCUUGGUUCUACGCCGGGGCCCUACAGUUGGAUAGUCGUCACACACGUCUGCCAUCACUGGCGGUCUGUAGCCUUAAACGCUCCAGGAUUGUGGCGCUUUAUAUAUCUUGGCGCUCCUGACCUUGUGCAACUUUACCUCUCACGCUCCAGCCAUGCCCCUCUCUGUAUACGAUCUUGGAUCUGGAUACCUCGCGCCGAAGAGCAGUGGGGUUGGUGGCCCAAUAAGCCACGCUCAGUCCCACCCUCCAAUGAUCUGACAUCUCUGAAUCUCAUAUUCUUGCAGGUGUCUCGUAUCCAGGAGCUCUCUCUGGGUGUGCCCGAUUACAUUCUCCAGCGUGCCUUUGCAGUCUUUAACGCGGAGGGCUUUGACGCACCCGCUUUACAGAUGCUCAAGCUUAAUGGCGUGAACAAUUCCUCUUUUCCCAAUAUCCUGAAUAAGUGUUCUCUUCCGGCACUGAAGAGCGUCGAAAUACGAGGAUAUAGCAUACCUUGGGAACUACCUUUCCUUUAUUUGGACCUCACCAACCUCGUGCUUCACCCGAGUUCACCUGAUAGCCUUCUGUUGGAGAAGCUUCUGAAUGCUCUCUUCUACAUGCCAAGUCUUCAAACCUUUGAGCUGAUCAACGAACACUGCGAUGGUUUGUGCGAGAGCCCUCGCACAAAUGUUGCACUGCGAUCAGUGGAGUUGCCCCUCUUACAAAGGCUGCAUUUGCAUCUCGACGUUUUCUCUGUCGAUGCCUUUCUGUUGCAUUGCACCUUCCCUUCGUCCACCAUUGUGCAUCUGAACGCUGAAGUGAGGCAUGUCCAUCCUCUCCCUUACAGUUCAAAAGUGCUCCGCUCCAUCAUUGUGAACUCGCUCAUGUCAAGCAUUGCUCCGCCGAUAACGGCGUUAGCGAUCGAUUUCGAGUCACUGUAUGUCGAUCCCGACCCACCUCGACCAUGUCGAAUGUCUUUCAGAACGUACAAUAUCGAUGCAUCGACCAUCGAUAUUGUACUUCCUUCCCCUACAUUCACCAUUCGCUUUUGUCAUCAACAGGGAAGUCACCUGCCGGAACUGUUGGAAGAACUUCUUUGCGAUCUUCCGCUGUCUGAGGUGGUAUACAUCCGUAUAUGCACUUCUUCAUCCUGCCGAGUAUUUCCUUCGUCGCAUAAGCUGGCAAAGUUCCUAGCUACACUUAUCUCACGAUGCUCUGCGUCGGGUCUUCACACAUUGAGUGUGUCUCGAAGGGGCAUCGACCUCUUAUGUUCCCUACUAUCUUUGCCUCUACAUGACUGGCUACAACUCACUUCCAACUGGCGCUGUAGUGGACGUGAGACGGGUCUCUUUGGGUGCGUGAAGACGCUUGUGGUAACUGCCAUGAAGCGUAGUCAACGUCGGCAAAGACACUCGCAGCUCAGCGACAUUUGCGAUGCCAUCCUAGAGCACGCAAAAUACUACAGGUCGACCUGUGGCCCAUUUUCCAAACUCAUCUUGCAACAGUGCUUUCAAGUGCGAUCUGUGUUGCUCAGUAUGGUGGACGCAGUAGCUCAGCUACUCUGUCAGGAAGGUCGCUUUACGGAAAAUCUUCCCCUUGUCCCCUUUAACCGUCUGUAUCCACCGCCUAACUCAGUGGCCGACUACCCAGAUAGCGAUUUGGAUCUUGGAGAUUGGGGCGAUGGUUUAUCAUCGUCGCCCGAUGUUCGACCUAUUGAGGGAGAUUGGGUUGACCAUCUUCGCUCUUACGGGCGUGUUACUUUUGAUUUUCGAGGAGAUACUGGGAUAACUAUCGAACAGAACGUGGCUUCACCUUCAAAUGAGAAUCUGUUAUGAGACUUUCUUAUAUAUGUACCAUGUUGAUAAGUUACUAUUAUAGUUUUACUUAUCGUCUUGAAUUAUAUGUUCUGGUAAGUAGCCUGCAUUGGUACCUUGUUGGUACCAUACAUUCCGCAAAUCAUUAUUUGAAUUUAGCAGAAUGCAGAGCCACCCACUCUUCGCCUUGUCUUUCAGAGUGAGAAUAGACGGAGGCGUCCUUU